AAAAAUGCUUGUUCUCGGCUGAAUCAAAGGAAUAUCUGAAAGGCAGAGAUGGCCGAAAGAAAGAAUAUCUGUGUGGCAGAGACUUAAAACGGAGAGCGAGAUCGAACCAGAGAGGGAGGCUGCUCAAUAGUGAUUAUUCAGUUAGGUAUUUGUGAGAUCGCCCGAGGCAACCCACCACCUGACCCAAAUGGAACGGGCGCCGUUCGCCACCUUCACGGUCGCCGUCUCAAUGAUCCUCCUCAGUUUUGCCGUUGAAUCUUGUCUUUCGAUUUUGCAUCAGGAUUUGAUGAUUAAUACUAAGUAUACUCCGCUCAUCCUCAAUCACGGCCUGGAUACUACCACCACCACCAUGGUCAUGCCUUUGUAUUAUAAUGACAGCAAUAAGUUCGUCAAUUCCGCCUCCAAACACUCCAGGCGCCACCUCCAGACUCGGCGCCCCCCCAACGCCCGAAUGCCUCUCCAUGAUGAUCUUCUCAUUAAUGGGUAUUACACGACUCGACUAUGGAUCGGGACACCUCCGCAGAGAUUUGCUCUUAUAGUUGACACGGGAAGUACGGUUACUUAUGUUCCCUGUGCUAGCUGCGAACAGUGUGGCAAGCAUCAGGAUCCAAAGUUUCAGCCAGAACUGUCGAGCACCUAUCAACCUGUAAAGUGCAAUAUUGAUUGCAGCUGCGAUAAUGACAGGAAGCAAUGUACAUAUGAGAGGCAAUAUGCUGAAAUGAGUUCUAGCAGCGGAGUGUUGGGCCAGGACAUUGUUUCCUUUGGCAACCAAAGUGAACUUCCACCCCAACGAGCUGUUUUUGGCUGUGAAAAUGUGGAAACAGGUGACCUUUACAGUCAACAUGCUGAUGGCAUUAUGGGUCUGGGUCAUGGAGAUCUUAGUAUUGUGGAUCAGCUUGUUGAUAAAGGUGUUAUUAGUGAUUCAUUCUCCCUAUGCUAUGGUGGUAUGGAUGUGGGUGGUGGAGCAAUGGUUCUUGGUGGAAUUGUCCCUCCCAGUGACAUGGUUUUUGCCCGUUCAGAUCCUGAUCGCAGUCCAUAUUACAAUAUUGAUCUGAAGGAGAUACAUGUUGCUGGUAAGGCGCUUCCUUUGUGGAUGAGAUCGUGCAUCAUUAACACCCAUAUCCAUUCUAUAAGAACAUCUCCAGUGAUGAUGUAA